AUGAUUGAUUACUGGCAACCUGGAACUCAGUACAAUGACGGUGCAAGGGUCCUUUAUGAAGGUGUCCAGUACAAGAUCAUUCAGCCUCACCGGUCCCAGAGUGACUGGACUCCGCCCGUGACACCUGCCCUUUGGGGACGCCUGGAAGGUGGCGAUUGCCAGCGCAGUCCUCAUCAUGAGAAUUCUGGUCAAUGGGCCGGGGACUGCAAGUCCGACCCGUGUGCUCCACCAUGCAACCAACCUCCUCCUCAGCAGCAGCAGCAGCAGCAACAACAACAGCAACAACAGCAACCUUACCAUUCCCCCCAAGGCGGCAUCCAACCGACUCAUCAGGAGAGUCAGCAGCACUGGUUUGACAUUGAUGACAAAAGGAAGCAAGAGCUGGAGAUCGGAGGAGGCGUCCUGGCCGGUGUCGGUGCCCUUGCCGCUGGCGUUUUUGCCUACAAUCACCACAACAAGAGUGAAGAGGAGAAAAGGGCGCACGUUUGGUCGCAGGGCAACUGGCUCCGUGAUGCGGAGCAACGUACCCAGGCCUUCCGAAGCGGAAAUUACCCUGCUCCAGUAGCAUGGGUCCUCACUAAGGGUAAGAACAUCCCACCAAAUGCCAUCGAAGGUGGCUUUGAGCGUGGCGCGCCUUUGUACAUCUGCCGUGCUUACUAUGAGGCAAUGGUCGGAAAGGCAUGCUCUGUCUUCAAAAAAGGAGCUGUGAUCGGCUACAAGAAGGAAGAGAUCCACCUUGAUACAUAUGAGAUCCUUGUUGGGAACUCUCAAGCCGUCCGUUGGGUUAACGUUUCUGGCCAAUUCAACUUGGCAGCUCUCAAUGGACUUCGACCCGUGGAAGGUGGCCGAGAGCCCGGAGGUGCUCCUCAAUACAUUGCCCAAGCUCCUUACCACGGAGCCGUGCACCCGGGGAAGGCGUCCGAGUCGUUCGGUGAUGGUUGCUUCAUUCCUUACGACUCCACAGAGAAGAAGGUCAAGGAGUACGCGGUGCUUUGCUACAACUGA